AAAGACACCAGUUGGGAUGCCAAGUUGCUCCCAGGAGAUCAUCAUGAGCUUGUGUUGGAGGGUUGAGUUUUUUUUUUUUGGUGAGAGAUGACAGUUGAGUGAAUUGUGUAACACUGUCCCCCUGGUUUGAGUCUUGACUCUUGGCCGGCCAGCAGUCCUCGUCACAUUUCAAACUACCAUCUUCGAUCAGUGUAGUACCACCUCAUCCUCCUUAUGGCUCUGACUUCCAAUCAACGCUUCGGCUUAAGGAUCCUGGCUGGACUGGCGGGGAUCUGGUUCCUGAAAUCUCUGCUAUUUUCAUCUUCAAAGAGGAACGCUUCAGUACAGUCAGAGAUCGCGAUCGCCAACGUCUUCGAGAGGGUCACCAGUGGAACGCCGCUUGGUUCAUCAGCACUGAACCCGCAGAGAUAUCCAUUCCUGCAGUCGCGCAUAGGCAGGGACGAUACUCAGGACCUUUUCGACACCGAUAUCCAUGCCGGUCUCGAGGACUUUUGGCAGAGGUUCCAGCUCCCGUUUGCCACUGCACCCGAGACGGUCCAUCUGGACGAACAGGUCAUCAAGGGAACCGUCGAGGAGCUCCUGGCCUUCAACGGAUGGGCUGCAGCUGCUUGUACCACCCUGACCCGUCCCUAUGCCAGUGACUCAGAAGAUCCCUACUCUGAUCUCACCAAACCCGGCCAACGCUAUUUCUUUGCCCUCGUCGUCCAUUCGGCCGAUCACUUCUUCAUCGAUCAACUCGCGGUCGUCGUCCAGGCUGCCCGCAAGCUAGGCACACAAGCAAUCUUUGUCUCGAUCGUCGACUAUGCCAGUACCGACUCGAUCCCCUUCCUCUGUGAUCUCGCCGAGGCUGUCAUGGUCCUCCUCGGAAUCCCAUUCCGAAUCAGAAGGGUCCCCCCGAUGACAUCCGAUCCUGCUGCCUCUUAUUACCCUCUCGAAGAAGCCUAUACUCGUAAUCUAGCCCUCGAACCUCUCUUUGAGCUCUACGAACGUCGCCAAGUCUCUUUCAUCCGUGUGAUCUGGCUCAAGGGUUUCACUUGCCCUAAUGAUAUCCUUGAAACACUCCGGAUCAGUAUCAUGAACCAAGCAGCAAUGGUCUGUGGCAUGGAUUGGAAAGAACACAAUGGCUUCUUUAUCUACAAUGAUCGAUGGCGUACCAGAGAUUUGGAUGGAAACCUAUUUCGAGGAUCCAAAUCGACAUCUCCGAUCGACGAAGCCCCUCCCCGUGAUCAAGCUAGCGCAGCACGCUACCAACAGCACUUGCCCUUCCAAGUGUUUUGUUGUGAGUCUGGCUCGCACAUUGUCGAUCCGAUGAUGACGUAUUACGCAGGCAUCCACUACCGAUCAUCGGUUGCAGGAGUAUUCAAUAUCACUUCGGCGGGUUCAGGCAAGUCGCCGGUAUGGACGGAAGGUCCUUGCAUGGACUCAUCGCAGAUGCACUUCUGUCGAGAUAUCUGGCUCAUGUCCGCUAAGGAAGGCGUCAAGGAAGCUGCCCGGGAUGCGAAGCAACGCGCCAAGGCUGGCAAGCCUCGCGGGCUUUCGAGAGAGCUCGAAGAUUUGAUCCGGGUUGUUGCUCCUCGUCUGUCAAUUCCGGUCGAAGAACUUCCUCAGCCAACUCGGUCGACCCAGUCCUCGCCCUCGGCCGAAGAAAAUGCCAAACACGCCAAAGACAAGCAGGGCAACAUCGACCUUGUCGACCAUAACGCACUUCUCCCUCAGGCUGACUUUGACCAGACCGACGGCGUCGGAGCAGGACGCGACUUGGCCGCAAAUGAGGAGAAGGAGGCCGCUAAGAAAAAGGAACAGGAUACCCUCGAGGUCCCCAUCGUUCCCGACGAGAAAGCCGUCGGUGGGAAGCCGCUCCCCAAAGGCCAGCAAAAGGUCAAGCGAGACGAGCUCGUCGAACCCCCUGUGGGAGAGCUCAGUCCGGAGGAAGACAUCAAUGAAUCUCCAGAAGGAAAGACUGCGGAUGAACCCGUCAAGCAAGGAGAGGAGAGUAGACCGACAGAGCAAGGGGAACCAGCUGGGUCUGAAAAACAGGAAGGCCAGGUGGGAGAACAACCAGGGGAGUCGGCGAAAAAAGAGCCGAUCCCAGUGGAGGAAGAUUAUGAUGAUUCGGAGGAGGAGGAGGAGGAGACGGGGGUGUUGAGCCAGACCUCGACGAUCCCCAACUCGGACCUCAAGCCCGCCCGGAUCCUCGUCAACCCUCGCUGCAUCACUACCUAUGCCGGCGUCUCUCACACUAAACUCGCUCUCGAUCUCUUCGGAUCCGGCGAUGACGUCGAACCCUCCCGCGAGUUCGGAGGCAAAUAUCACUUCUCUGAUGAGAAAUUUGUUGGCGCACCUAACGCUUUCGUUUGUCAGGAAAUGAGAACCACCGGUGGGAGGUUGUCUACCAAACAACAACGAAGGACGAAUUUCCAUAUCAGCAAAACUCUCAGAGCUGGUUGGAGACCAGGAGACUACGUUUAAAAUAUUUCCACCCGGAAGAAAAAAACCAUUGAGGUAUAAAAAGCUUACAUGAAAAAAUAGAAGGUCAAUGAAUGAAGUUCACCCAUGGGCCAUUUCCCUACCACCACAAAUAGACCUGUCUGAGCUUCACUUUAUUUUAGACCAAUAGAUAGAACAAUCAAGGCUUAAUUUAUCUCAACAAAAAGUUGUGAACUAGAGCAUGAUAUAAUUUUGAUUUUCUUUUUGUUGUUCUAUAUGUCUAUGUAUAACUAUAUUUGAUAAAAAGAUUCUGUUUAUUUAUUUGUUUAUGGGCUUGUGUAAACAAGCGGUGAUAGUCAAUGUGGUAACAAUUACGUUUAGAUCAGUGCUCAACACAAACACACCCAUAAAACCUCUAUAGAUCAUCAGCUUUGUUGUAUAUAUGUGUGUGUCUUGAAGCUUUGUCAUCAUCUCUCUCUGGCCUAUGAAUACUCCCUUUUUCAUUCAUCAAGCACCAUGAUAGACUGUAAUUUUGUGUUUGUUUCCCUGUGCCUUUUCUUUUGUUUAUGAAUCAUCAUCCAAAAAACAAGAGAAGCUUUUACACAUG